CGUUCCCUGAGGCACGAGGCACAGGUGCUGAGACCCCCAGCGCAUUCCGGAGAAAGUGAGUUCUCCCUGUUAAUUAAUGGGUCUCUUCUCGGGUCUCUCUUUGCACUCACCUCAGGUUUGUGGUUAUCAGUGAAUUCCUGGCCAACACCCGCGCAGUGUUCUGGAUUCGGAGUGGAUUUGAGGAGGGAGAAGGCAAGAACUCAGGCACUGGGGUUAGUUUCCACAGGGGACGUGGGGGUGUUCUGGGGACUCCGUGCUCUCUGCUUUGAAUGCAGCUUACAAGCCUCUCCCAGGCCCAAAGGCGACCCCAGGCAAUCUUGGGGUAAAAGGAGAUGGGCCCCAAGAGUUUUAGGAGCCAAGCACCAAAGUUCACAGGACCCCAGGACAUUUGCUCCUCCCUCUCACUUCUGAUCUUCAUUUCUUACCAGCCAGAUAGGAGAGUGGGGAUAAGUGAGGGCCCGCUGCAGAAGCCUGACUAUGCCCGAAAGGAAGGUGCCAGGCUGCCCCAAAUGCCCUUACACCCACCUGGUCAUUUUACACGUAAGAAGACUGAGGCCAGCCAGGAGAAAUGGUUUGUUCACCUGGCAUCAUGUGGCCGUGGAAUUCCUAGGCCAAUGCUCAGGCAAUUAGGGGACACGUGUCACCAUGAUUUGGGUGUGGGUGGGGACAGGCUACUUGAACCAGGGGAUGAGGACCACCUGGCGGCAGGCUCAGCUCUGGCCUCGGGAGAGGGGCCUGGGCUGGGCCACACCCCACACGUCCCUCUCCCCUCGAGAGCCGUGAGCGUGGGGCAUGUCUCCGAGUCUUACAAGAAGCAGAGAGGCUCUCCGAGCUGCAGCCUCUAUGGGGCUGGGAAUGUUCGGGAUUGUCAGAAGCCUGGGAGUCUUUCCCAGCGGCCCGUAUCUAUGACAACUGGACCCUGGGUAGAACCGGUCCAGGCAGCCAAGGCCAGUCGGGCACGCAGGGUUAACUCUGUAGGAAUCGGUCUCCGCCGUGGUGUUGGGGCUGCUCCCAUUUUAUUGACAGUAGCUCUGAGACCUGCCUGGUUCCACGUUACUGGAUCAGGAGGGAACGUGGCUAUUGCACGGGGCUUCGUGCUAAGUGAGCUCGGCGGACCGCAGAGCUGCCCGCCAGGAGUCCCAGCAGCCCGCGACCAACAUUCCGGCCCUUCCAUCGUCGGCCUCCUUUCCCCUUUUCCUGAAAGGCCCUGGGCCUCGCGAGGACCCAGCGGCCGAAGCAAGGGGAGGGGAGCGGAUACGUGGAGCAAGGACAGCCCGGGGCCGUGCACGGUCUCUGCAUCUUUGCGCGCUGGGUGGCAGACGCCCCAGGUCAGCGGGAACUGGCAAAGCGGCCCCAGAUGCCUCCACCGCCUCCACCGGGAUGCUCCGCUUCCCGCUGCUGCUGGAUCUCCCCACCCCGAGGGAGGCGCCCGAGGCCGCUCAGUCCCCAGGCCCGAGGUCCUAGCGGGGCUGCUGAGGCGGGAGCGCUGAGCCCAGCGAGUUCUGAGCACCGUGUCCAGCUCACAUGGCCGGCCUUCUGGGGGAACUUACCCGCACCUACCCUGGCCCCUGGGCCUCGGGGUCAGGAAGCUUUCCGGGUUCCGAGGCGUCCCAGCGUGCCAUGGCCUCACACACCCCUCCCUCUGCCGCCUCCAGAGGCCUGGAGAAAGCCCCGGACACAAUCCCUCGAGCUGCCCAAGUUCCUAGGGAAAUGGAAGGGUGCUCGUCUCCCGGGCGGGGGUCCCUUCUUGAGCUGUUCACUGGGCCAGCGCCCCGGCACAGGCACUGCUCUCAGAGGGGCCUUCCCUGAGACAGAAGGUCCCGGUGUGGCUUCAGUGGCAGCUCGGGUCUCGCUGAAUUCUUUCCCAUUUCUCUCCCCUUUAUUUCCUGCGUGUCUCUCAAACCUCCGCUGAACUCCGAAUCUUGAGAGGAGGACGCACUUUCAGGGCGGACUCUAUGAAAAGCCUGGGGAAGGAGAGAGCCCGCUGGACUACCCUCCUGGAAUCCAGCGCCAGCAUCAUCUGGAGAACAGGAACGAAAUGGCCCCGGAGCGCAGGAGCUGGGCAGGGAGGGCCGGCCUCUGCUGCCGUUGGGAGCUGGGAGCGGGGGGCCUCUUGGCCUCCCUCUCUUUCCUCGCUGGCUAGUCCAGCUUACUCAACCAAGGCAAGGGGGCCUGGGAGCCUGCUGGAGGUCAGACACCAAGCGCGGGGGCUCCCCGAUCCCGAGCACUAUGAAAAGGAACAGAAUGCAGCAUUUAAGUCUUAACCACUAGUCACCUCUGGGGCCACAGAUCCAAAGAAUCUGUGUGGCACAUAUGGGGAAAUUUAUUACGUUCCUACCUCCCCCAGCACUACAUCAGCAUGACCUGGAGACAAACUGCCAUGGUUAAAACAACACAAAACCAGGUUCUGUUCAAUGCCACUGCACCAAGGAAAAUCACUUUUUGGAAAAAUCAUCAUCCCCCGAAAUGUUAAGCCCGCUUCGCCCUAAGCAAAGUACAGCUGACCUCCUUGGGUGGGAAACAAAUCCCCAGUUUGGAGCCCCAGCCUCAAAACUCACACUCAGAGACCAGCGGGGGAGGGGGGGGGAAUUGUGCCUUUGAGCCAGUGAAAGAGAUAAUAAAAUCAUCCCCUCACCCCCCUCCCGCCCUCCGCCCCAGCCACACCCCACAAAUGGUUUCAUUGCUAUUAAAAAAUUUUUAAAGACAAGAUAUCAAAACUGAAAAGGCAAUCAUCUCCCUGUGAUUUACAGUCCCGAAAGAGUUGGUAAAUUUAGAACUCCAAAAGCAUCGUAAGUUACAUUCGAAGGCCGAGGAGCCUCUACAGGUUUUCACUGCAGUAGGGUGAAGAUUAAGAGACCAUAUCAAGACGUAAAGGGGUCUGAAAUCCACCUCUGAGCUAACCGCCACCAGAAUUAAUCCCCUUUGGACCUUCUCCGGCCCACUGCACAUUGUUUUCUGGAAAGCCAUUACGAUGGGGAAGGAAGUCCGCAUUUUAGGAAUCGGAGGGAAAGCAGGACUCCCCCAGGUCCCAGCAAAACGUUUACAGCGAAUAACGUGAAGGUGCCCAGUCCUUCAGGCAUCCACGUCCAACCGGGACGUUUCUCAACUGCCUAGGCCAGGGUGGGAUCUGAGUUCAUGGAAAGUCCUUUCCGUCACUAACA